AUGUCUUACAACUCCAAUACCUCUGCUGCUGCUGCCACAGCGAACCAUGCACUCAUUAAUCUUCUGGACAUGUUGAAUGAAUUGGUUGAACAGGUGCUCUGCUCACAGUCAGAAGAGGAUAAAAUGAGAUUGAGCUGCACCAUUGCUUUUCAAUUGCACAAUGCAGUCCAUUCCCAUCUCACACUUGCCACCUACAUCCCCCUUCGCCUGCUGUCGAUGGCAGCUGAGGUCCAUCGCGCUCAAAGGGGCACUGCACAACUGGUGCAAGUGCCGGAUUGGAGUCAGGUCGGGAACAACGAGGACAUUUGCCAGGGUCAUCCCUUAUACUCAAAGACACUCGGUCCGUCGUCUACUGUCACCAUUCCUGCUGGCUCAUCCUCUGCACCUGCACCGGCAGGCUCAUCCUCUGCUCCUGCACCAGCAGGCCCAUCCUCUGCGCCUGAACCAGCAGGCCCAGGUACACCAGCACUGGCAGGUCCAACAUCUUCACUGGCACCAGCACAAACCUCAGUGCCACCAAUCACCACUUUGCCAGGUCCCAGUAUUGUCAUCAAGAUCCCUGGUGGUGCAAUUUCCGGCCCAUCAAAACAUCGCAAACGACAAUUUAGCAUCAGCCCCCCACGUCCGGUCAAGAGGGCAAGGAAAAUAGUCAAGUCCAAGCGAAUCUUGAGUGACACCAACACUGACAGUGAUGGAGUUCGCAUUGAAAAAGGACAUGAUCAGGUAAAGGGCAAAGGAAAGGCAAGAGUGAGGUCACCAUCAUCGGAUGACAAUACCCAGGAAAUAAUGAUGAAAGAUGCCACUCCUGAUCUGGAAGUCAAGCCACGGCAACCGACACAACAUCCGCUCAAAAAGCAAAGACCGGUUGUCGACAUCCGGACUCGGCCGAUGCCACCUUCGAAUACCAGAAACAAGGGUGCUGACCACGCAGAAUACGAGCCGGAGGAAGAUGUGGAGUCUAUUGGCGACAAACGAAAGCCAUGUCUUGACCGGGUCAAAGACGCGAAACUGUCUAUGUCAGAUGCCCGGCAUUUAGGAACAGACAAGGACAAGAAGGGGAAGCGUCCACAGCCAGUGAGACAUCCUGCCAUUGCCAUCUGGACAGAUCAUACUCAUACUCAUCCUUCACAGCAACCCAUUGUAACAUCGGUCACGUGGCCCCCCUAUCAUUUUCCCUUCAUCCUCGCCCUCACCAUCUACUGGCUCGUCCUCCUCUACCGACUUUCUGUUGACCGGAUCCUCGGGACCGUUCCCGUCCCUCGCAUCAUCCGCCUCUAUGCACGUGCACGCACGUUCCUCUCUUGA